ACUAAAUCUCGAUCCUUUUAGAUCUUUUUUUUGCUCGUUUUACUCUCAGGGAUGGAACUUUCGGUAAUAAGUGAUCUGUUCUUUCUACCAGAUCCCAGAUUCGACUUGGUGAUCACCCUUGGGGGGCAACAAAAGUCUUUGGGGUAUUCGAUUAUCAGAAUUUUAAAGAAAUACGGUCUUUGUGGUUUGCUGUUUCCUUGUAGGAAGAGGUCUCUGCUCUCGUUUGCUGAAUCUGCCUCCGCUGGCUGAGGCUUGGAGGAGCCUCUCCUUUCCCUCCUGCGCUCUCCACGCGACAUGGAUCCCAAUGGAUGGAGCGAGGCUGGCAGCCCGGCAGAAAGCACGGGAGACCUCGGCGACUCCAUGGAGAAGAGUUUGGACAACGACGCAGAAGGUGUAUGGAGCCCAGACAUAGAGCAGAGCUUCCAGGAAGCCUUGGCUAUCUACCCGCCAUGCGGCCGGCGCAAAAUCAUCUUAUCAGAUGAAGGCAAGAUGUAUGGUCGGAACGAGUUGAUUGCCAGAUACAUAAAACUUCGGACAGGGAAGACGCGCACAAGAAAACAAGUAUCUAGUCACAUACAAGUGCUGGCGCGGAGGAAAUCCAGAGAGAUCCAGUCCAAGCUGAAGGCUAUGAACAUGGAUCAGGUGGCAAAAGACAAAGCUCUCCAGAGUAUGGCCGCAAUGUCUUCAGCGCAGCUUAUAUCCGCCACAGCCAUCCAGAAUAAACUGGGGGUACCAAGUAUCUCGCAGACCCCAUUCCAACCCACUCCAGGGGCCACAGAAUUUUUCCAGUUUUGGCCAAACGGCACCGGACAGCCACGGCCGACACAGGACAUUAAGCCGUUUUCCCAGCCUCCAUAUUCCCUACAGCCUGCUGCCCCCCCUCCUGCUGUUCCAGGUUAUAAUGCAAGCCCUGCGAGCCUCUCCCCUGUACCCACAGGGCCUGCUUGGCAAGGUCGAUCAAUUGGAACACCAAAACUGCGCUUGGUGGAAUUCAUGGCCUUCAUGGAACAGCAAGGAGAACCAGACGCAUACAACAAACACCUUUAUGUCCACAUCAGCCAGUCGAAUCCCUCGUACAGCGAUUCUUUGUUGGAAUCUGUGGACGUCCGUCAGAUCUAUGACAAGUUCCCGGAGAAGAAAGGAGGCUUAAAAGAACUUUAUGAGAAGGGCCCGCCUAACGCCUUCUUCUUGGUCAAGUUCUGGGCCGACCUCAAUACCAGCAUUCAGGAUGAACCUGGUGUAUUCUACGGUGUAAGCAGCCAGUAUGAAUCUCCCGAAAAUAUGACCAUAACUUGCUCUUCCAAGGUCUGCUCCUUCGGAAAACAAGUGGUCGAGAAGGUUGAGACGGAAUAUGCUCGGUUCGAGAAUGGCCGUUUCCUUUACCGCAUCCAUCGCUCUCCUAUGUGUGAAUAUCUCAUCAACUUCAUCCAUAAACUGAAGCAGCUACCAGAGAAGUACAUGAUGAACAGUGUGUUAGAAAACUUCACUAUCCUGCAGGUGGUCACAAAUCGGGACACCCAAGAAUUACUGCUGUGCAUAGCAUAUGUAUUUGAAGUGUCAACCAGCGAGCACGGCGCUCAACAUCACAUUUACCGGCUGGUGAAAGACUGAGCUAGAAAGCAGCUCUCCCUUCCCCUCUUUUCAGCCAUGUAGGACUGGCUAUUAUGAGCUUGGGCCAAGGUGGAGGCAUCUCACAUUUCCCCCCCCCCCAGAGCCUCUUAAGCCUUCCUGGGAAUGGAGACUGAACGGAAAAAAGGGACGGGACCCUUAAAUGGAUGAACGGACAGGAGGGGAAGAGCCACAAAACCACAAAGACCUCACCCUAGCAGAAUCUUCUCUGUGUUUAUGUUUUUGAGCCAAAAGGAAUAUAUAUAAAUAUCUAUAUUAUAUAUAAAUAUAUGUUUGUGUGUGUGAAACAGUUUCCAACCGGGGAAGCCAUGUAGAACCUACGGCUGUCGUGAGAUAAUGUCGGUGUAUUUUAUUUUAAUUUUCCUCUUUUUUUAAAAAUUUGUUGCUGCCAUGUGCAUCAGUUCGCGGUACGGCACCGAUUUUGAAACCUAAGGAGUCGGAAUGCUGGGUCGGAUUGGAGAUAAUCGGAUUCCACCACCCAACUUUUUUUUUUAUCCCCCCCAUGUAGCUCCUUGGACUCCACUGAAAUGUAAUGCCUGCACUUUCCGUGGUAGGAACAUUUUUUUGCUCUCGUCACUAUUUUUUUUUGGUUUUUUUAGCCCACUAAAUUUUCUUUAUUGUAGGCUUGCACAGUAUUUUUUCUUCUACACUGGCUCACGGCGCUCUUGAGUUUGCUAGUCUUUUAAAGACUUACGAUAACAAAUUGAACAUAUCAGGGAGUAGAGCGAAUCCUACUGUGUAUUUGGCUUGAUGCACCUUUUGGCCUUAAAUAGAUUAAAAACUGGACCCAUCCGGGUGUACGUUAAAAACUUCAUUAUGGACACGUGAAGUUAUUUAAAGGUCAGGAGGUGUUUUAUAAUGUGAGUUAUGUUGGCUAGUUCAUUAGUCAUUCUUCUUGCCAAGACGUCUCUUCUUCUGACAUGUAGAAGCCAUUCGUAGACAUGGUCAUAUGGUCAUCGCCAUGUGGCAGGAGAGAUAGACCAAUGAGAAUUAUGUUUUUACUUCCAGUUGAUUUUGUAUGAAGCAUAAACCAGGGACCUCGGCUCCCUUCUGGUGUUAAGAAGGCAAGAUGCCUCAAAGAAGGAAGCCAGAAGAGACACACCAACGAGAAGACUCCUUUUUUUUUGCUUGACCCUUCUUGGACUGUUGAAAGAAAAAAAAAUACGUCUAGUGACUUAACCCCUCUUCUGUCACAAAUUCAGUGCCUAAAAUGAAA